GAAGUGUGCCACGUGGGGCGCGCAAGACCUUUGUGGGGUGUGACGCGGGCCUGCGGAGCCCCCAUGACCGUGACCUGCGCUACAGCCACCUUUGUUUGUGACAUUUUCUUUGUACUUUGCAUCGGAAUACCGUGAUGGUGAUGAUGAGACCUUCCUGUGUCAGGUGGUGGUUGCUGCCUUUCUUCUGCACGGGCUGUGUGGCCUUGGUUCGAUCGGCAGAUGCCUCGGCAGCCGCUGAGCUGAGCGAUGGCGCAAGUGCACGAUUGAAGGACGCUGAGGUGGAUCCCUACGAUGCGGAGGAUUAUGAACACCAGUACAACGAGCCAGCGCCCAUCACCUUAGAUGGCUGUGUAGCAUGGUUUAAGGCUGAAGAAGCUGCAAUGCCAUGGCCCAGUGUAGUUGGAUCGCACGAGGGCAAGGUGGUGGGUAACAAGGCCGAAGCAUCUUUGGAGGUGGGUCACGGUGCCAAGCAGAACGUGAAGUUCCUCCGCGGCGAUGAGAAAACGAGAUUCGACUUCGGGGAGGUUCUAGCUGAGACCUACACCAUUUGCUCCGUGACGCGUUACACUGGAGAACCCUAUGGCCGCAUUCUGCAGGGUUCUCAAGAGAAUUGGCUCCAUGGUCAAUCCAAGAAGAACACAGGCGUUUCGUGUGCUGCUCAGGAAACACCGGAUAAUCUCGACCGUGAGGAUUGGGUCGUUGUUUGUGCCAGCAGUGAUGAUUCAGAUGCCUUAGUCAAUGGAGAGAAGGUGAGCCAGAAACAUUGCGGAAAUGUCAAGGUGAAGCAAAACUUGGUCAUCAACCAUGGCAGCAAAUGGAAGG